GCGCCGGGGCGGUGGGGGGACGCCUGGAGAGCGCAUGGGCAGACAGACUGUACGUCCGUUUGUCCGGAGCGGAGGGGAGAGUGGGCGCCAUCUUCUUCUCGGCUCACUGAGGGCUCCACCUGUGCCGGGCAGGCUGCUGCGACGAGGAGCGCCCCCCGCGCCCGGCCGCGUGCGUCCGACUCGGCAGCCGCGGUGUGUGUUUACUGCCGAGCGCGGAGCAGUUCCCCUCGGGGCGUCGGGCUGGGGAGGGGCUGGCGCCGGGACGGAAGCUCAGGGAAAGGCGGGGCCGGCGCCGCGCCAGGAGCUGGCGUAGCCUGUGCCGUUAGGGCACCUCGUUCCCUGCCGCACCCCGGCUCCCGGCAGCAGCCUCCGUGUGGCGGGGAGGGCGCGCUUCCCAGUGUAACUGCGAGCGAAGCUCGCCGAAGGAUGUCCUAGGUGGUUUUUUAUUCUUUGCUGUGUCAUCGUAGUCAGUGGUGGCGGAGGAGCGCUGGAGGCCCGGCGCCGCUGGCGUGAGAGCGGCCAGUGCUGGCGUGAGGAGCGGGGCGGUCCACGCCGGGCGAGGUAGGGUGCAGUGUGCCCUUGGGACGGCGUGACGGAAGGGCACGGAGGUUGGGCGGUCCAGGUUAAUUGGAAGGCUGAUGCUGGCCGAAGGUCUGGCGACGGCUUCGGAUCCCACGUAGCAACUUCGGCCUGGCGCGGAGGAAGGAAGCCCUGACCCCUGGGAGUACGGACAAAGGCUUUGAGCUCUAGAAGCGAUGCCUGCGGAUGAUCCCCAUUUGACGAUGAUGGAUGUUCUGGGAAAUCCUGUGCCGAGUGGAUUCGUCUUCGUUUACAGUUCCCGUUAAGGACUAUGGCUCGGUGUCGUCAUCAUGCCUUUGGUUUUUAUUUUAACCACCUACAUUAUUAAAAGGAUAAAAGGCAGAUCUUCAUAAACACAUAAUCGUGGACUGGGCUAGAUUAUUUUCUGCAGGGGAGACUCCUGCAUUUAGAAUUUCACCAUAACUCUGGGUUUUAAGGGAUAGUCAUUUUCUUCCCCCUACCAUAUCUGGAAAAUGACUUGUUAUUUGCUAGUUAAAAUCAAACGGAUCUGAGAUAAUACCUAUUUGAGUUUAAUCUCUUUCCCGAUCAGGCUUGAUUAGAAGAUGCAGAUUUCGUGUUUAGUGAUAAUGGUGACCAAGUGGGAUGAGUCGUGGUUAAAAUCAGCAAAAUGAUUUAAAAUUGAGCUUAUUAAUUUCAGUGACUUGCCCUUAUAGGAGUUUUUAAGGACUCACCCCCAUCUUUUCACAGGUUAGAAGUUCUAACAUCCCUGUCUUCAUAUCAACACAGUAGCAAAAAUACUUGUGUUGCAUUCAUAAGUGGAAAGAAAUUUAACUGCAGUGUACUUUAGUGUAUUUUGUGUAUUUCAGUUGUUGUGUCAUGUGCUAAGAGUAGAAUUUCUAGGGAAUUUACUUAAGGAAAUAACAUGGGAACCACAGGAAAAGUUCUUUUUGAGAACUAGUCUCUUAUUGGUGGUCUCUCAGGUGUGUCAAUGUUGAGGGAUAAAAUGAUACAUUGUCCCUAUGAAGGACAGAGAAGUGUUAAUAUGUGGCAAACUAGAAAAAAAAUAUUUUAAAUUGCUUGAAUUGGAAUUCAUAACAUUUGUACUCAUGGAACCAUUUAGUUAAAAUACUGUUUGUAAGCGAGGGAGAAUAAAUUAGAAAUUUUUUGAAUUUGACAGGUUAUUCCUUUAAAUAUCCUUGAGUAUCUGUAGAUAUAUUUAUGUUCUCAGGAUAAAUCUCUUAUAUUUUUGAAAAAGUUUAGGGAGAGACAAAUCUUACUGUAUCUUACUUUCUAAAAUAUUUUAACAGUAAAGGAGCCAAGUCAGUUUGCAUAGGAAGGAAUCUUGGAAUUUUAGUGGGGACAACUAUUCCAAAGCCAUUUGUAGUUCUUUAAAUAUUGGUGUGGAUAUUGGUUUGUUGAAAGAACCAGGCUUGUACUUAGUUGAUAUUUUUGGUACUGUGCGGAUUUUUUUUAAUAGACCAUUUUUUUAGAGCAGUUUUUUAGGUUUAUAGCAAUAUGGAGCAGAUGAAACAGAUUUCCCAUAUACCCCCACAAUGUACCAUGUAAAUAUUAUAAUAGUAAAUGUCAUUAAUAUUUUCUGUAUCAAUUUGGCAUUGAUAAUUCAGGUAUAAAAAUAUGCCAGGUAAUUUCUUGAUAUUUUAGUUUGGCUUGUAGUUUAAAAAGUUUAUAAUCAGUGGACCAUUUUCAAAGGAAAAUAAACCUUGCAGACCUGAAAGAAUAUGUCUUACAUAAGUGUAAAUACUGAAUUAAAACAACAUUUAUUGGCACAUUAAAAACACAAAUUUAUAAUUAUUAAUUUAGCAGCUCUUAAAAACGUAUUCAGGAAGACUGUAUUAAAUAUUGUUACUUUGGGUAUCUCUGAAAAUAAUAGAUGUAAAUUUCCUUAACGAAAGACUAAGUUAAGAUUGUUCAGCAGUAAAUACUGAUAAUCCCUAAACAUUCUAAAUAAAUGUGUUUUUAUUCUAUUUUCUACAUUGUCUUUUGGGUUUUCUCAAUGCAGGACAGUUUGAAAUGGAAUAAGCUUGUUAGUGUAAUAAGAUUCUAUAUUUGAACACUCCCUAUUUGGCUUCAGAUGAUUUUAAUAGUAAUUGUUUUAGAAGUUUGGGACAAGGAGUAGUAGUAGUUGAGUUUUUAUUUUAUUUUAGGGGUAUUUUAUUUUUAUUUUACUUUUUAAAGAUUUUAUUUGUUAGAUUCCAAGCAGACUCUGUGCUGAGCACUGAGCCCAUUGCAGGGCUUGAUCUCACAACCUUGAGAUUGUAACCUGAGCCAAAACCAAGAGUUGGAUACUUAACCAACGAGCCACCCAGGUACUCCUGUUUUAGGGGUAUUUUAGUAUUUGCCUUGAUUAUAUUAGAAUCAGGAAACUUGGUUCCAUGUUUGGAAGUGUGAGCUGUAGCCAUUGGUUUGAGUCUAUUGCUUUAGAAAUCGGUUUUUGAAUUCAAAGCGUUAGUGUCUUUUUUGUUGUAUCAUUUUGAAUGGUUGCCUUAUUAGUUUGAUUUGGCCUUAUGUUUUAAAAGGGUGGAAAAUUGCAAGAGAGUUGCACUUAAUGAGCUAAGUGUUUGGCCAUUUCACAAGUGGAAGUGAUAGAAGGCUUUUGGGAAUUUUUGGUGUUUCUAAGUUGUCAUUUUACUUGUAGAACAGUGCAAGUGCAUGUAAAAUUUAUAUACAGUGAAAUGCACAGAACUUAAGGAUAGUAUUCAUUUAGUCUUGAUAAGUUUAUACACCCAUGUAACCAACACUAAUAAAAAUGUAUAACCUUUAUACACCUUUUUCCUCGUGCCACUUCCAAUCAAGGAGCCAUUCAAUUUCCAGAAGUUUUUUUUGUUUUUAAAUAAUUUGCAGAUGCCUACUUGGAAUUUGAACUUCAUUUUUGCUGAAGGAUGAUUAAUUUCCCUUGAAACAAAGAAGACCAUUUUGUAAUGCCCAUAGUCGUGGUUCCUUAUAUUGCUUCUUAGUAGGUGAUUCUGAAGGGAAUAUCCUAAUCUGGCGUCGUUUAAGAUCAAUUACGGGGUCCAAGGAUUAAUUAUAUUUCAUUUUCUUUCCACAGUUAAGUUGCUUUUACAGAAUUAACAGGUCUCCAAGAAAUUAUAAAAAGGUCAUUAUUGCUGUGGUUUGAGCUCAGCAUGGCUGUAGUCAUCCGUUUACUGGGGCUUCCUUUUAUUGCGGGGCCUGUGGAUAUUCGUCACUUCUUCACGGGAUUGACUAUUCCUGAUGGAGGAGUGCAUAUAAUUGGAGGGGAAAUUGGGGAGGCUUUUAUUAUUUUUGCAACAGAUGAAGAUGCAAGACGUGCCAUAAGUCGUUCAGGAGGGUUUAUCAAGGAUUCAUCUGUAGAGCUCUUUCUUAGUAGUAAGGCAGAAAUGCAGAAGACUAUAGAAAUGAGAAGAACUGAUCGCAUAGGAAGAGAGCGACCGGGAUCUGGGGCGUCAGGGGCUGGCAGCUUAUCUAACUUUGUCGAGGCUAUUAAAGAAGAAGCAAGUAAUUCUGGAUAUGGCUCUCCAAUUAAUCAAGAUGCUGGGUUUCAUACUAACGGUACAGGACAUGGUGAUUUAAGGCCAAGAAAGACACGGCCAUUGAAGGCCGAGAAUCCUUACCUGUUUCUGCGAGGUUUGCCUUACUUAGUAAAUGAAGAUGAUGUACGUGUCUUUUUCUCUGGUUUGUGUGUGGAUGGCGUAAUUUUCUUAAAACAUCAUGAUGGCCGAAAUAAUGGUGAUGCCAUAGUAAAAUUUGCUUCAUGUAUUGAUGCUUCAGGUGGUCUUAAGUGUCAUAGAAGUUUUAUGGGUUCAAGAUUCAUAGAAGUAAUGCAAGGCUCAGAACAACAGUGGAUUGAGUUUGGUGGUAAUGCAGUUAAGGAGGUUGACAUUCCUAUGAGAACUGAAGAACAUUCUCCGCCAAGAGGAAUUAAUGAUCGGCAUUUUCGAAAACGAUCUCAUUCAAAAUCUCCCAGAAGAACACGUUCUCGUUCUCCUCUUGGAUUUUAUGUUCACUUAAAAAAUCUGUCCCUAAGUAUUAACAAGAGAGAUUUAAGAAAUUUCUUUAGAGAUACUGAUCUGACUAAUGAACAGAUUAGGUUUUUAUAUAAGGAUGAAAGAAGAACGAGAUACGCCUUUGUGAUGUUCAAAACUCUGAAAGAUUAUAACAGUGCUUUGGGUUUACAUAAGACUGUUUUACAAUAUCGUCCAGUUCAUAUUGAUCCUGUUUCUAGAAAACAGAUGCUGAAGUUCAUUGAAUGUUAUGAAAAGAAAAGACCAGUGUCCGUGGAGAAAGAGAGGCUUGGACAUGUUUCACAGAAAUACUCUCAAGAAGGCUAUCCCGGCCAGAAACUGUGUAUAUACAUAAGAAAUUUUCCUUUUGAUGUUACAAAAGUUGAAGUGCAAAAGUUCUUUGCAGACUUUUCUCUUGGAGAGGAUGAUAUUUACUUACUUUAUGAUGACAAAGGAGUUGGUCUGGGAGAAGCAUUGGUGAAAUUCAAAACAGAAGAACAGGCCAUGAAAGCUGAGCGUUUAAACCGGCGGAGGUUCUUGGGGACAGAGGUAUUGUUAAGACUGAUAUCUGAGGCACAGAUGCAGGAGUUCGGCGUAAGCUUUUCCUUGAUGUCCACGGAGAGAAUGCAAGGCCACUCGCAGUCCUGUGACAGAGACGACCAUUCCCGUUCAUUUGACUCCAGUGACCCGCCACUAUACUCCGCUGGCCCCUCAGAAAACUUCAGGCAUCAGCAAGAGGACUUGAGGCAGCUGGACAGUUUCAAGCAAACCCAGGCGGACUUCCGGCAGCUUGACCGGAGCCUUCCGGAAGACUUCAGGCAUUCCCCGGAGGACUUCAGGCGCUCUCCCGAAGACUUCAGGCGCCCUCGGGAGGAGCACUUCCGGCGGCCUCUCGAGGAGGAUUUCAGGCGCCCUUGGGAGGAGGGCUUCCGGUACCCUAGAGAGGAGGACUUCCGGUACCCUAGAGAGGAGGACUGGAGGCGGCCCCCCGAGGAGGAUUUCAGACGGCCUCCCAAGGACGACUUCAGGCGACCCCCCGAGGAGGACUGGAGGCGGCUCCCCGAGGGAGACUUUAGGCGGCCACCUGAGGAGGACUGGAGGCGGCCUCCUGAGGACGACUUCAGGCGGCUUCCCCAGGGUGAAUGGAGACGACCACCCGAGGAGGACUUCCGGCGGCCUCCCGAGGAGGACUUCCGGCGACCUCCCGAGGAGGACUUCCGGCGGCCUCCUGAGGAGGACUUCCGGCGACCUCCCGAGGAGGACUUCCGGCGUUCUCCCGAGGAGGAUUUCAGGCGUUCUCCUGAGGAGGACUUCAGGAGACCACCCCCGGAACACUUUAGGCGGCCGCCCCCGGAGCACCUUAGGCGGCCGCCCCCGGAACACUUCAGGCGGCCGCCCCCGGAGCACUUCAGGCGGCCGCCCCCGGAGCACUUCCGCCGACCUCCUCCGGAGCACUUCCGCCGGCCGCCGCAGGAGCACUUCCGCCGGCCGCCGCAGGAGCAUUUCCGGCGUCCCCGCGAGGAGGAUUUCAGGCGCCCGCCGGAUGAAGAUUUCCGAGGCCCUCCUGACGAAGACUUUCGGCAGACGGCCGAGGAGGACUUCCGGAGCCCGCAGGAGGAAGACUUCCGGGGCCCCUCUGACGAGGACUUCAGGCGGCUCCCGGAAGAAGACCCCAGGGAACCUCCGGAGGAGGACCCGAGACUUCCCGACCCCUUCCGGCCUCCCGGUGAGGAGUUCCGGAAUCCACCCGAUGACUUCAGAAGCCAUCGCCCUUUUGUGAAUUUUGGUCGCCCAGAAAGUGGCAAGUUUGAUUUUGGAAAGCGCAGUUUGGGAAGUUUUCCUGAGGGGAGAUUUAUGCCUGACCCCAAAUUAAAUUGUAGUUCAGGCAGAGUGACACCUAUUAAGAUAAUGAAUCUUCCAUUUAAAGCUAAUGUUAAUGAAAUCCUAGACUUUUUUCAUGGUUACAGAAUCCUGCCGGAUUCCGUUUCGAUACAGUAUAACGAGCAAGGAUUACCUACAGGGGAGGCCAUUGUCGCCAUGAUAAACUAUAACGAAGCCAUGGCUGCUAUCAAAGAUCUCAAUGACCGGCCAGUGGGCCCUCGCAAGGUUAAGUUAAUGUUGCUCUAGGGAGCAUUUCUGAGUUCACUUCCCUCCCCGCAGUGUUGAUGCAGUAAAAUGCAUUUGUUUGGUUUUUUUUUUUUUUUAAGUGUUUAUUUUCAAUGAUCUGAUGAAAAGCAUUUUAAUUACGACUUGUGAAUAGAACAAAUGUAAAUAUUAGAAUGUGAAUCUGGUUUUCUUUUGCUUGCAAAUUGCCACUCGCUUUUUUCUAACUUAAAAUUAUAUAUGCCCUUUUUCUGGACAGUGGGGGAGAAAAUUCCCCGAGCGUGUUCAUUUUUGUUGAUGUCAUGGGUAAACCUCAAGACUUGUAUAGCAGAGCUGUACUGGGGGAAGAGGAGUUUUAUAUUCCCUUUGUUUCCAGUCUGUAGUCUACAUCUUCUACUGUAUAAGGAAAUGGUCAGUGACUCAUUGUUCAGGUUUAGCAUUUUUAUUGCUAACUGCCUGCGGAACUAAUGCCCUCUUCUUUGUCUGAGAUUUUACUGUGUUAAGCCUCCCAUUAAUUAUACAUAGCUCAGAAUGGACAGACUGUGAAUUUCAAGUUUACUUAUGUAAAAAAGCUUAGGAGAUUCUUGAAGUUUCCAUGCUCAUAACUUUGGAAAGUUUCACAAAAAUAAUAAUAAAAUGCAACUGGAUAGACCAACCAGUUAACUUUACUUGUAUUUGUGUAAGAAGAAAAAAGAAUUAUAGCUUCUUCUGUGAAGUUUUCAACAGCUACCUUAGACAGUAUUUAUGACUGCAUCGGCCAAACAGCCUACUGUAAUAGCAUAGAGUGCUACGUGUAGUUCUGUGGUUUCUUCCACGUUUCAUCAACCAAACUGAUGAGAUUAACUCAAAAUACUUAAAAGACAAAAAGUAAUUACAGGUACCAGGGACAUUCAGGCUUAUGCUGGGAAGAAUCUGAUAAAUGGAUAUAGUUUGUUUUUACGUAGAAUUUAGUGAUGAUUCAUUUAACUUGUGUUUUUUAUUAGGUUUUCAAUUUUAAAUUUGAAGACUCUGUAUCCAGAGGCUCAAUAACUAGAUAUAAUCAGACUUUUAUGAGAUGAAUUUUGACUUAUUUGAUAUUUAGUGUGGGCGUUUUACAAGUACUAGAUUUUACUUUUUUAAUACCCAUAAUAAUAUUAAUGGCUAACAUUUAUUGGGCACUUACUGUGUGCUGUGCAGUAAAAGUGCUUUUACAUGCAUAAUCUCAAUUUAAAUAUUCCCUAAGAAGUAUGGAAUAUUAUUUAUGUCUAUUUCACAAGUGAGAUAAUGAAGUUUGGAGGUUAAGUAACUUGCCUGAUUAGCUAGGAAAUCAUGGAGGCAAUUUCCAGCCAGACAGACCACUGACUCCAGUUCAUGCUCUUAACGCUUUUGCUUAUUAACUUUGUUAAACCGUACCUCUAAUCUUAGUAAGAUCAUGCUAAAAAUAUUUUGAAGAGUAAAUCAGUAUUUUCUUCACCUCCAUUGUUGCUUUAAAAGUACCAUUAAAAAACAAAAUUAGUAUGCUCAUUGUUCAUAAAAGACAAAAAAGUGACUUUAAAAGUUUUUAUAUAUCCAGGGCUUCUCUUGGAUAAUAACAUUAUAAAUAGACUUCUAAUUAAAAAUUAUUUAUUUUAUCAAAUAUGAUUUGACUUUGGUUGGCCUUUAUAGUUUACCUAAAACCAGCUAAUUUAAAGAUUUUCCUCAGUUCUGUGAUCCAGAAGUUUACCAUUUUGAGCAAAUAAGAAUAGAAUUUGCAUCUAUAUGUGGUAGUUUAGUCAU